AUUCUCUCUCUCUCUGCUUGGAGUGUAUUUGGAGACCUCCAUGGCCACGGGGAGUUGAGAGGGCAAGACGGAAAGGCUUGUUGUCUUUCACGUUUUAAUACUUCCAAGUUGUCCUUAUGCCGCGUUUCACACACUACUGUUUUCGCCACUAUCCCCGAUGCGGUGGAAAACGGGGUGCGGGCUUGCAGAUACGGAAGAACCUCUCAUCUCCAGCUGUUGUAGAGGUGUGGGUGUGACCGGUGCCCGACCCAGUGGUCCCCGACCAGAGACAUGAGUGUGGUCCGAGACCCACAGGGGGCGUACAGGGGGGUGGGAGGGGGUGACCAUCUGGGGGGUCUAGGGAUGGGGAUGGUGGACCCCCACAGCCACUUCACAGAGCACGCCCCUCGACCCCCUGUCCCUGGAGAAGAGGGGGACGACCGUGACCCCCACCACCUCCCCUCCAGCCAUGGAGGCCGCCCCCUCACCCAGUCCACCUGUUACCCCCCCUCCAAAACAGACGCCUCCUUCCGUAGUAGCGAGUCCCCUUCCUCGGCCACCCCCAGGCGGCCGGACCUGGACCUAGGGUACGAGCCUGAGGGCAGCGCCUCCCCCACGCCUCCCUACCUGAAGUGGGCGGAGUCGCUCCACUCUCUCCUGGAUGACCAGGAGGGCAUCCAGCUGUUCAGGGGCUUCCUGAGACAGGAGGGCUGUGGGGACCAGCUGGACUUCUGGUUCGCCUGCUCCGGAUUCAGGAAGAGCAGCCAGGAGAAGAGGCCCAAGCUGGCCAAGGCCAUUUACAGGAAGUAUAUCCAGGAUAGUAACGGCAUCGUGUCGAGGCAGAUUAAACCAGCUACUAAGAGCUUCAUCAGAGACUGUGUGGUUCGACUGCAUCUGGACCCUGCCAUGUUCCAACAGGCCCAGACGGAGAUCCAGAGCACUAUGGAGGAGAACACCUACCCUCUGUUCCUGAAGUCAGACACCUACCUGGAGUACACCCAGACAGGGGAGGAGAGCCCCAAACCACCCAGCGACCACAGCUCCUCAUCGGGUCCUGGGCAGCCCGGCUACCUGCCCACCCUCACAGAGGACGUAGAGUGGAGGUGCCGGGAGGAGGAGGAGGAAGAAGAGGAGAGCGGGGAUACGCAGGCCAGCAGGCUGACCCAGAGGUUGCUAAUGGAGACUGCUCCUCACAGAGUGUCGACCAAUCGGAGAGCAGGGGAAAGCCGAGAGUACAGACCAUGCAGAGAGCCGGUGGUUAACCCCUACUACGUGAACAUGGGUUCUGCUCGCGCCCCGGCAACCAGCGCUAACGACAGUGAACAGCAGAGCUUGUCCAGCGUCUCCGACGGCGACACACUCUCACUGACCGACAGCAGUGUGGAUGGUGUUCCACCCUACCGGUAUCGUAAACAGCAUCGUAGAGAGAUGCAUGAAAGUGCCAAAGCCAACGGACGUGUGCCCCUACUUCAUAUACCUCGUACGUACCGUGUACCAAAGGAUGUCCACGUUGAGCCGGAGAGGUUUGCUGUUGACCUCAUCAGUCGACUGGAGGCAGUUCUGAGAGAGAGAGAAGCACAGGAGAGACUGGAGGAGAGACUGAAGAGGGUCAGACUGGAGGAGGAGGGUGACGACGCCGACGUCUCCAUGGUAAACUCCCUCCCCCCCUACGGCAACAAGCCCCUCCCCCCCUCCACCUCGUCCCUCUUCCCCCACUACGGGUCCCGUUAUUCAGAGACCUCGUACAACGGUGUUUUGGCGCUACAGGACGCGCACGAGGAGAACCCGGAGGCCAUCUUGGACGAACACGUGCAGAGAGUGAUGGAGACGCCGGGGUGUCAGUCACCAGGCACCGGGAGACACUCGCCCAAGUCCCGCUCCCCCGACGGAGGGGUGUACCCUCCACCUCACUCUGGGAGAACCCAGUGGCCUCCAGGGGUGAAAGGUCACAAGCCAGGAGCCAAGGGAGGGGACCCAACGGGGAUGGGAGCAGGUGUGUACCACCACAAGCAUGGCUACCACUACCCCCCAGGGGGCACCAAGCCCAAAGAGCCCCAGAUGGAUGAGGUGGUGCUGGGUGGAGGAGGAGGAGGCUCCAGGACCCAGGGGAACGGCCUGUGGAACGGGGAGGCCCACCACUACUCUACCGGGAAGGGACGCAACUACGCAGAUGGGGCUGGGACCAUGGACGCAAUGGGCUAUAGCAGUAAGGGCAGCACCCUAUCGAAGCGUGGCUCUAAGAAGGGGGCGGAGCCGACAGGUAAAGGUGAUGAGGGGCGUGUCCAGGAGGCCCAGGUACCGCUGGAGGACCUGGAGAGAAAUCACAAGAUACUGCAGUGGAUGAUGGAGGGGGAGGCACUACGACACAAAAAGAACACACACGGGAGUACCACAGGCUCCAGGAAGACCCAGGGGAGUGUGGAGCUGUUGAGACCCAGCUCUGUAGAGCGUCCUGGGGCAGUGCACCCCUGGGUGAGCGCCCAGUUGCGGAACAACGUGCAGCCCUCCCACCCCUUCAUCCAGGACCCCACCAUGCCUCCCAAUCCUGCACCCAACCCCCUCACUCAGCUAGAGGAGGCCCGGAGGAGACUGGAGGAGGAGAGGAGGAGAACCGCCCUGCUGCAGGCUAAACAGAGACAGAAGUCUCUAAGCAGUAAGAAGCAGGGGUCACAGUGUGAGAACGUAACUGUGGCGUACUACUUCUGUGGCGAGCCAAUCCCCUACCGCACCACGGCCAAAGGUCGCGUGGUGACCCUGGGACAGUUCAAGGAGCUACUCACCAAGAAGGGCUUCUACAGGUUCUACUUUAAGAAGGUGAGUGAUGAGUUUGACUGUGGCGUGGUGUUUGAAGAAGUCAAAGAGGAUGACGCCGUCCUGCCCAUCUACGAGGAGAAGAUAAUCGGUAAGGUAGAGAAGGUGGACUGAAACAGGAAAUGGAGCCGGGAGGAAGUAGGAGGUGGAAGAAGGAACAAUGACGCAGAGAAAAGACUGAACCGAAUCGGAUGAAGAGGAGGUGGAGAGAGUGUUUUUGGAAGAG